GUGAUUUGUAAAACCGUCUGAAAAGGAGAUGUGAUCUUUAUUCGUUCUGUUCCUCAUAUGAGUGUGCCUGUGUGUUUAAGUGAAGGCGCGCUGCUCAGGGCCGCAUCCUCAGCAUCUCAUUCAGUGCGUCCUGCUGCAGCAUCAGCACCAGACCAUAGGACAGUGGAGGUGUGAUGAUGGAGCUGCAUCUGCUGGUCGCGGUUUGCCUCCUAUUUGGCAGAAUAAUCAUCACCCAUCAAACUCACAUGAGCUCAGUGUACACAUAUCUGUUCACGCCACAAGGGCCCCAGAUGUUUACAUGUUUGACGUAUCUUGAACGUAAUGUCCGGGUGGACUGCGAGUUCCUGGCCUCUGAUCUGGUUCCUGGCCCCUACUGUGAAUAUCGCCAAGACAGCCGUCUGGUUGGCUCCACCUACCCCAACGCCGUCGUCUACGUGUCCACAGAGGACCGCAGGAGGAGCAACGUCAGCCUGGUGGCCCCAAACCUGUGCCGUCUGACCUGGGCCCCCAUGGCUGACGAGAAGCCCUACACCUACAGCUGCAGAGUCUACCAGGGCAACAGCUGGAAGGAGAACAGCAUGGCUGUUCAUCACCGGCAUCUCCUAAUCUGUUCUGCAAUCAGUUUAAUGUAUAAAUCAGCGGCGUGGAUUUUGUCACUGGUGAUGUCACUUCCUGUAGCUGUGGGUCUGCUAAAUCCAUGAGUUUCAGAGGAGAACAACUCAAUGGACACUCCAGAAUUUAUUGGAUGCCUCAGAGCGGAAGGCUUUUAUUUAUCUUGUGUAAAUUAGAAAAAAUAAAAGUAAAUGUAUUCA